AUGUCUCAACCAUCUAUCCAUCAUCAUCAAUCCAAUCCACAACCUUACUACCCUGAACCAGCUAGUUCCCAAUCGUUGUAUGGGUAUCCUACACAGCCGUUGCAUAUCCGGGAUUACGAAUUCGUUAAAACAGCAGAGUUCGAGCCUUUCUUACAUACCUAUCGUGACAAGUUGUCGAGCGACGAUGAUGAAGAAACUAUCCCCGAAACACAAGAAGUUCAAACCGAUGAUGUUCAAGAAGUCCAAGAAGUCAAGAAAUUCAAAAGGCGUGCAGAGAAGAAACCGUGGACUCAAGAGGAGGAAGUGGCUUUGGCAAAGGCAUGGAUUCAUGUCUCCACUUGUAGAGUAGUCGGAAAUGAACAAGGAAGAGAUAAGUUUUGGGAACGGAUCUUGGAUCGUUUUUCAGAACUUGUGGGUGGGACAACUCGAACCCAUCAUAGUUUGAACACAAAGUGGACUACAAUGAAUGGAGCAAUGACCUUGUUCAAUGGCCUCUAUCAACAAUCGAAGAGAAGUUAUACAAACAAAAAACCGGUUACAAUCAUUCCGGAUUUAAAUGAAGACAACACCCCCACUCGUCAAAGGAAAGGCAAGAAACCGGUUAGUGAGGCGUCAAGUGCGGCUACUAUUGUUGACUCCGUUCAAUUGUAUGCCGAUGAGAAGAAGAAAAUGAUGGCGGAAAUCACCGAGAAGACGAAAGCUAUUCUCGACCUCCAAUAUCAACAACAAAAGGAAAAGAGUGAGAGAGAUGAUUACAAGUUCUUCAAGAAGCCGCAUGAUGAUGAGAAAGAUCCGAUCGUAUUGGAAUGGGUGCUCAACAAGAAACGCCACAUCGCCAAAACGUACAAUUGGCCUUUCGAUGGUUAA